ACACUCUUUCUGUCCUUUCCUUUUUCACUUUGGUGGUGAAGGUGCAACAAUUUUCGGUCGUCCCGAAUUCGGGUUCAUCCGACACCCUCACUAAUUCAAAUUGAACUGAGCUCAACUUCAUCUGGUACACAAUGCCUCCUAAAUUCGACCCCACCGAGAUUAAAGUCGUGUACAUGAGAUGCACAGGUGGAGAGGUUGGUGCCACUUCCUCGCUGGCCCCCAAAAUUGGACCUUUGGGUCUUUCCCCUAAAAAGGUGGGUGAUGACAUUGCAAAGGCUACCGGUGACUGGAAGGGCCUGCGAAUCACUGUGAAGCUGACCAUCCAGAACAGGCAAGCAGCGAUUGAGGUGGUGCCAUCAGCCUCUGCCCUCAUCAUCAAGGCCCUGAAGGAACCUCCCCGUGACAGGAAGAAGGUCAAGAACAUUAAGCACUCUGGAAGCGUCACUUUCGAUGAGAUCGUCAACGUUGCCCGUAUCAUGAGGCCACGCUCUAUUGCCAGGGAACUUUCUGGUACCAUCAAGGAGAUUCUUGGCACAGCUCAGUCUGUGGGCUGCACCAUUGAUGGUCGCCCUCCCCAUGAUGUCAUUGAUGACAUCAACAGUGGCAAAAUUGAGUGCCCAUCUGUAAGUAUUAAAUGCCAUUUAUGGUUUUUAAGCACUUCAAUGUUUUGCCUUUUUACUUUAUUUUUAACUGGGUGUUUCUUUUUCUUGCAGGAGUAAAAAAAAAAAAAAAAAAAAAGGAUGGAAGAAAAAUAAAAUUGUUUGAUAAAAGUCAAUGGUGCUAUUUGUCAUUUCUGGCAUUUUAUGGACCCUUUUCCCAGAUUGUAUUUUAUCUUUACAGUCAUUGGCAUUGCAAAGUUAUUUUAAAAGUACACUUAUAAAACUACAUUUUGUAUUCAA